UCUAGUAGAAAUUAAUGGAGGAGAAAUUAAAGUAGAAAGUCAAUUAGGAAAAGGAAGUAAAUUUUGGUUCACAUGGAAUGUCGAAGUAUUAUCAAUAGAUUCUUCAUUAUCAAAUCCUACUCAUUUUGAUCAAAUAAGUUAUAUCUUACCUAAUGUUAUGAAACAAAAACGAAUAUUAAUCAUCCAUCCACUUGAAGACGCGAGAAAUGCAAUGCUAAAUUACUUUAAAGCAAUUAAAAAAGUUGAUGCAUUUGAUACUUUCGAUAAAGGCAUUAGUGCAGUAAAAAGUUAUAGAGAAUCUGCUUAUGAUAUAGUAUUUAUUGGACUUUAUGAAAAUAAUGAAGAAGAGGUCAUGAAAGCAACAUUUGAAUUAAGAGGAUUAGAAAUGAAUAAUAAUAAUUUAGUAAUAAUCUUUAUAGUACUUCCAGCUAAUAAAGAAAAUGAAUUAGCAGAAAAAUUAAUUGGAAAAGUUGGUGGAACAGCUACUAUUCUUCAUACUCCAAUUACAUGGAAAAAGCUAAUUAAUCUAUUUAUGUAUUUGGAAAACAACUACUUUGCUAUUAAUAAAAAUAAUAAGAGUCUGCCUGUCAAUGAAAAUAUUCUGAAAAGGGUAUCAGAUAAUAGGUUUUAUAAGUCAGAAGAU